AAUUACUUAGGCGUGCUCCUCGGCGAAGUCACAGCCUUGUAGGCCCAAAUUAAACCUCCCACAGCCUUGUCCGUUGGCGGCCGUACCUCGAACAACCACAAUGACACAUCGUAAGGCUUCUCAUAUUCCACCUAUUUGAUGGAUCUCACUGUUCGUUCUUUCUUCACUCGUCCGUGUAUUACGCAAAAGACCAGUACUUCUUUUAGAGAACAAAGCAAUAUUCUUGAGCUCGCAGCCCUUCAAAAAAAUUCACCACUUUCACACAACAUCAGCCUCACUCAACCAGCUAUCUGGACAAUAUCUCGUCUCAAGCCGAGCAUCAGACUCUCAAGGUACACUGAUCACACACCCCGGACCUCAAAGACAGGCAAGAACAAAGUCAACUACCUUCUCAUCCACCCAGACGCAUGAUCACCAUCCUCACCACACCGGUAAUAUGACGUCCCAACCCACGCACGACAGCACAGGCGCCCCCCUCCCUGCAAUCCUAUGCCUCCACGGCGGCGGCUCCAACGCCACAGUCUUCAAAAUCCAAACCCGCAGAUUAUACUGGAAUCUCUCCAAGCAAUUCCGCUUCGUCUUCGCGGAAGCCCCCAUCGAAGGCACGCCCGGCCACGGCAUGCUCCCCGUCUUUGAAUCCUGCGCCCCUUUCUACCGGUGGGUAACCCGGCGUUUCGCGGCAGGCGAAUCCGACGUCGAAGGCACACCAGCCGCUGAAGCCGAGGCCAUUAACAAAAUCCUCUUCGAUGUAAUGGAGGCCAACGGUGGAGUCGACACGUUCAAAGGCGUCAUCGGCUUCAGCCAGGGCUCGCGCCUCGUCGCGGGGUUGUUACUGCGGCAAAAGAUCGAGGAGCGCGAUCUAGGUGUGUCCAAAACGAAAUUCGCUUUCGGAAUCAUGAUUGGCGGUCCAUUCCCGCCGAUCGCGUUGUCUGAGACGGUCGAUACGAACGAUUAUAAACUGCUAAGGGAAAUCCCGACGGUGCAUGCGUGGGGACGAGAUGAUCAUGUAAGACCCGGGUGUGAGGAGUUGUGGAAGGCUUGUGAAAGCGACCAUUGCUUUCAGAUGGAUUUUGCGGGUGGGCACCAUUUACCGUUGAAGGAUGUCGAGGCUAAGGAUCUGUGUGAUCUUAUCAUGGCUGCGUGGUAUGCUGGGGGUGGGAAGUAUGCUGUUUCCGCGGAUGAGACGUACUAAGCGGCCAUCACACAACGAUAUACAUCACGUAUGCACUCAUGAAUAGAUGAUAGAGUUAUCACCCAUGCGCUACCAAUCAUGGCUUGACCUCCAACAUCCUGG